CAUCGAGGAGCCCAUACCAACGCACCUUUAUCGCUCCUCGAGCUGUGAUCACCAUGGCUCCGCCGCCUCCGCCAAUACGGCUGCAUGACAUCUAUGCCAUUGCAAUGACUGCAGCCCGCAUCGCUCAUCGAGCUGCAUAUCUACAAGCCUCGACAGCCGCCACACCUAGCUCCUCAUCGUCUGCCUUCCCCUCCAGCUCCUCUGCCCCGAGGGCGGGUCCAUCACGGCCAUGGCCUACACAGAAGGCGAAGAGCAGUAAGACAGGGCCUUCAAUGCGGUCUCAACCGGAAGCAUACAAGCCUCGCAAGCCUUCGCCAGACAAUCUCUCCCUUCCUCCUCAGGCGCCAGAUGGGACCUUCACAGAGAUGAAGCAUGUCAACGCUGACAAGCCACAGCAGGAGCCUACAGAAGAAGAGAAGGCCGAGGCCAGGAGAAAGCUAGACGAGGCUCUUGCGGCUUAUUUCGCUCCGCCUCCGGAGCCGGAAGAGGUUAGGCCACCGGACAAGGGUCUGUUCAGCGAGAGUCAUGCCUCUGGUGCAGCCGUAGACGCCCACAGCAACGUUCAUGCGUCUCCUUCUGUCGAAGAGCAGAACAGGUCAAGUCCGCCCAGCUCGCUGGAAAGCGAGGUUCUCUCUGGACCAUCUUUGCAGAAUCCAGCUAUCACCAUAGAUAACACGCCACCGUCUGCAGUCACAGCAUCGUCAGCCGACCUCACGCCAAGUCAAGCUGCUGCCAGCCAGAGCGUUCCACCUCCUCGGCUGCGAGAUGCUGAUGUACAGCCAGAAGAGCUCGAGCACUUGUCAGACUACGAUGUCACUACUGAGCAACGUACGACUCCCAUGAGGGCUUCCAAGGUCCCCUCGUCUCGUCUAGCUCGCCUCAUGCAUUAUGGCUCUUUGGGCGCCGGACUGGCGUGGGGAGCUGCAGGGUCCAUCUUAACCCCUGGCGGCGGAGGAAGAGGUCCCGAAGGACAGGCGCAGAAGGGAAACAGCAGCCCAUUCAUGAGCGAGGGAAACAUCAAGCGUCUAGUGGACAAGCUCUCAAGGAUGAGGGGAGCUGCAUUGAAGCUGGGGCAAUUCUUGAGCAUACAGGACAGCAAUCUCUUACCUCCAGAGAUCGAAGCUGUCCUCUUGCAGGUGCAGAACAGUGCGAACUAUAUGCCUGAAUGGCAGAUGGAAAAGGUCAUGGCCGAAGAGCUGGGAGCAGACUGGCGCUCCCACUUUGCCUCCUUCAGCUCUACGCCGUUUGCAGCUGCGUCCAUCGGACAGGUACACCACGGCGUUUUGUCGCCGUCUCAUCCGAAGCAUCCCAAUCUCCCAGUAGCCAUCAAGGUCCAGUUUCCUGGCAUUCGAGAGUCUAUCGAGUCAGAUCUAGGAUAUCUGAAGUGGCUGCUGGCCGCAUCUGCUCUGCUGCCCAGGGGUCUCUUUCUGGAGAACACAAUCAACCAGAUGAGGUUGGAACUGCAGGACGAAUGCGACUAUGAGCGUGAAGCCGAGAUGGGUCGUCGAUUUGCGGAGAUUUUCAAUGAGGGGCAGCCAGCUGGCAGCUUCGAGGUUCCUACUGUUAUUCCCGACCUUUGUGGGAGACGGGUAUUGACGACGGAGAUGAUGAAGGGCAGACCGCUGAGCCAUGUGGAAGGCUACAAUGAACGCCGACGCAACGAAAUCGCUACAUCUCUUCUCGAUCUUGCUCUGUCUGAGCUGUUCACCCAUCGGCUCAUGCAAACGGAUCCGAAUUUCAGCAACUUUCUCUAUGCAACGUCCACUCGCAAGAUUCAGCUCAUCGACUUCGGUGCUACCAGGGAGUAUUCCAAGGCGUUUAUGGACGACUGGCUUCGGCUUCUCAUCUGUGCCGUCAAUGAAGACUUGCCCGGUUGCAAAGAGUGGAGCACAAAGGUCGGCUACCUCAUCGGUACCGAGUCCGACGAGAUGGUUGAUGCGCACGUCCGAUCGAUGACACUGCUAGGUUCGCCUUUUAGACGGACCACCCCCUUCAACUUCACAAAUCAAACGCUGACAGACGAGAUCAAGUCUGAGAUCCCGCUGAUGCUGGCUCAGCGCAAGACACCUCCGCCCAAGGAGACUUACAGUCUGAACCGGAAGCUCAGCGGGACGUUCUUGAUGUGUAGCAAGCUGAAGGCGACUGUAGACUGCCAAAAGGUGCUCAGCGACAUCGUCGAUGGCUAUCGCUUCGAGGAUGGCGGUGUAGUCCGUGUGCAGAGCGGGAAGCUGCUGGUGGAGCAGGCGGGUCGAGUCACGGGCAGUGGUAGCACCGCUUUCGCACCUGCUCGAGGCUUUCAUACUUCCUUCAAAAUUUUGAGAGCAAUGGAGCAGGCAGGGUCGCGAAGGGACGAUGCACGAGGACCCUCGAGCGAGACAAGCGCAAGUACUGCGACAGAAGCGAUCCGACGCCGCAGAGUAAGAGAGCGGUACGGCAUCAAUCUUGGAGAUCGAUGGCCACGGUCUUUUCAAGCGAGCCCGCCGUCUUCGGCUUCACAGAGGUCAGAUCAAUUCGAUACCCUCUCUCCUUCGCCUGCUGGGACGUCGAUGAGCGCUACACCCACAGAGCCCACUAGUGCCACAACAUCUUCACCUGAGCUCAACACACCUCUGCGUACUACUCCGAACCCAGCCCAGCGUACUAGCUCGGCGGAGUCUCCCGCGACUGCCAUUGAGAGCAAUACAGCCGAGCGUCGGCGGGAGGAGCAGCUGAGCAGGAGCGACAAGCAGACCAUCUACGUUCGAGGCGUGCUAGUCCCUCGCACCCCAGACGCGCCAGGACCCGAAGACUGCUGUAUGUCAGGCUGUGCUCGCUGCGUGUAUGACCUGUACAAGGAAGAUCUGGACGACUAUCAGGAGACGAUGAGUGAGGUGAGGAAGAAGUUGGAGGAGAUGAGACCUCCUCUUAGCGAUGUGGAGUGGGAUGUUCAGCUACUGGGGAAGAGACCUGGCCAGGCCGGUGCAGGGAAAGCUGAUGGCCCGCAAGAGGCUGAGCCGAUUGAAAUCAAGGGGCUUGAUCCUACGAUGAAGGCUUUCUUGGAGAUGGAGAGGGCGAUGAAGAAGAAGCAGAAGGUGUAGGAGGAGGAGGAGGAGGAGGAGCGGGCAGGCGGUCUGCAACGGGAUUGCUCGCAUACAACGGAUGUCAUUAUACUAGACUGAAUACCCUCCACGACUGUCUCUAGCAAUUCACCAAAUGCUGAAAUUGGAAC